AUGCCGCGCGAGUGGCGACUUGUGAGGGACGAAGCUGACUUUCAGUCAGAUUUUCACCCAGACCCUCAUUAUAAAUCCGGAACUGACCCGGACGACAAGGCCUGUCAUCGAGGACACGGCUCCGCAAAAUACUUUGGCGCCGCAGGAACCGAUUGCGACACUCCCCUCACUUUGAUCAACGAGACCUUCCACUGGAUUGAACAGAAUAUUAAAGACGAGAUCGAUUUUGUCGUAUGGACGGGAGACUCGGCCCGCCAUGACAAUGACGAGAAGAUCCCCCGUACCGAGGAUGAAGCGACGCGGUUAAAUCAAUACCUGACGGACAAGUUCAUCGACACCUUCCGCCACGAUGAUUCCCCUCAUGGCCUGUCCAUUCCUAUUGUGCCGACAAUCGGGAACAACGAUAUCCUCCCCCAUAAUAUUUUCAAAAGCGGCCCCAACAAAUGGACGAAAAAGUUUCUGGAGAUUUGGAAAAAGUUCAUCCCCGAGUUUCAGCGUCAUAGCUUCGUGGAAGGUGGCUGGUACACCAUCGAGGUGAUCCCCAAACGGCUGGCCGUCAUCAGUCUGAACACGAUGUACUUCUACGAAUCCAAUUCGGCCGUCGACGGAUGCGAAGACAAGUCGGAGCCCGGCUUCGAACAUAUGGAGUGGCUGCGCGUGCAGCUGGAGUUGCUGCGUUCUCGCCAGAUGAAAGCGAUCCUGAUCGGACACGUCCCACCGGCAAGAUCGGGGUCCAAGCGGAACUGGGAUGAAACCUGCUGGCAAAAAUAUGCCCUCUGGGUGAACCGGUAUCGAGACGUCAUUGUUGGCAGUCUUUACGGCCACAUGAACAUCGAUCAUUUCAUCCUUCAGGACAGUCACAAAGUGAAGAUCGUGGAUGAUGACGACUCUUCUGCUUCCAGUGACUCUGAUGAGAUCUCGGUUCGGUCUCGCACGGAUUAUCUGUCCAGCCUUCGGGAUGAUUGGUCUAAGAUGCCGUCUCCCCCGGAGGACGCCUCCAUUGCUGAGGAGUCCCUGACAUAUCUUGACGGCGACUCGGACCCGCAGAUACUGGGAAAGAAGAAGCGCCGAUUCCUGAAGAAAAUCGGAGGUCCGUGGGCGGAGCGAUAUAGUGUGUCUCUGGUGUCCCCGAGCGUGGUACCGAAUUACUUUCCCACGAUGCGAGUCAUCGAGUAUAACAUCACGGGGCUGGAGAACGCCGCUCUCUGGGCGGAUACUGUCUACGAUGAUGCGACAGUUGCAGGUGUGCCGUCCGACGAGGACGAAAGUGCAUCAAUGGAGAAGGAAAAGAAAGGAGGGAAGAAAAAGAAGAAGCCGGACUUUAAAAUUCCCGACCCUCCUUCAUCCUCUGCUCCCCCGGGCCCGGCCUAUUCAAAUCAGCCGUUGACCUGGCUGAGUUAUACGCAGUAUUUCGCCAACCUCACUCGGAUCCACGAGGAGAUGUCUGAGCAGGACGCCUCGGACGAAACGGGGCACGAUGAGGUUCUUAUGUACGAGGUGGAAUACGACACGAAGAACGACGAGAUCUACAGAAUGAAAGAUCUUACCGUCAGCAGCUAUUUUGAACUGGCUACCCGGAUUGCCGACAAGAACCCACCCAAAGGCGAUCGGGUUGAUGGCUCUUUAGAUCCUCAGCAGAAGAAAAAGAAGCAUAAAAACCGGGUGUGGCGGACGUUCUUUAGGCGAGCGUUUGUGGGUAUGGUUGACGAUGAUGACCUUGAUGAUAUCGAUUCAUAG